AAUCGGUCAGCUGUUUGUUUGACGGUGACAGUUCUCAACCACCCAAAACAAAACAAAAUAUUUUGAUAUUUUGGAUUAGUUUACUAAAAUUUCUUUAAAUAUUGCUAAAGUUCCUUAAUCUAACCGUAAAAAUGAACGGAACCGAAGAACCCGGAAUCCAAAGUAAAUACGAGAAGGAACAGUCCAACCUCUUAAUGCUGCAAGAACGGCUGGCUAAAAGCGCCCAAAUUACGAAAGGCAUCGGGAACAUCUUAAAUACCUUUGAGCAGAGGUUGUCGCGCCUCGAAGAGACAAUUCUGCCUGUAUAUAAUGAAACCGAGAGUCUUCAGAAAGCUCAACACAAUAUUGAAAACACUAUGCAACUGUUAGACAAUGUCAUAAGUUACUAUGAAGUUUCUAGUAAUGUGGAACAUAUAAUUGAAAAAGGCCCUGGGGAAAGUGGCGUUGAACUGAAUAAAUAUAUUGACGCCUUAAACCGGUUGUUUAAUGCCCAAAAAUAUUUUGAGAAAAACAUUCCUCAGAGUGUUGAACUUAUUAAUGUCUCAUCAUUCUUUCAUAAAGGCAGCGACAAGCUAAACUCAGAAUUUAAAACAAUUUUGGACAAGUAUAACGCCCCUAUUUUGCCUGUGGUGCUCUUGGAUCUAAUUAAUUUUGAUGAACCCAAAGAAGGUAAGGCCCUCCCAAACCAAAUUCCCCCGGAGGCUAAAGAGCAACUCAUCAAAAUCUCUUCAUGGCUUUUAAGUCAUAACAGGGAUGAAUUCUUAACGGUUUAUGGUAAAACUCGAGGGAAUGUCUUGCAAAGGUCUCUGACAAUGUUGAGAAACCAUCAGAAGAGCGUUAGCGGGGGCAGUGUACAUGGGACCACCAGUUCACCCAUGCUGAAACCAAAGUUCCCUAACAGACACGAAGCGAAAAGACAACACUCCACUAGGAGAUUGCAGGCUUUUGAAAGGAAAGCCAACAAGAUGUUUCUAAGGGCCUCGCAGACCUUGGAGCAUUCCACGGGGUUAAAUUUGGGCACCAGAAGGGCCUCCCAUUUAGACAGCUCUUAUACUGGCGAGGAAGUGGAUAACGAGCAGGAAAUGGAAAACUACUUGAUAUGCGUGAUUGCUUUGCAUAAACUGAUGCAGUUGGAGCAGCAUCUGAUGAAGGAAAUCAUCACUCCGGCUCAUAGACCGAGAGUUUUUGAGUUAAUCGUUAGGGAGGCCAUGGACACUUUGGUGCAAGACGGAGAGAAUAUUGUGGCUAGGGCCAAAAAGUGCAUUCAGAGGCACGACUUCGGUACGGUUCUGGUCAUAUUUCCGAUAUUUAAGCAACUGAGGGCACUGAAACCCGACUUCGAGAGGACGAUAGAACAAUGCGAUCUGGUCGUGAAAAACAAAUUCGAAAUGAUCCUUCAAAUGCUCCAAACCACCGGAGCAAAGGCCCUAGAGGACUUUAUAGAGAGCCUAAGGUCCGAUUCGGUUGCACAGUUGCCGCCAGACGGCACGGUACACGAACUGACCAGCAACGUCAUCAUGUUUUUAGAACAAUUGCUGGAUUAUAGCGAUACUAUUGGGGUGGUUUUGGGGCAGGAUCCGAGCUACUCCAGGCAACUGGAUAAGCUGAAAUAUAACGAUCAAAAUAAGGCUUUUAUCGGAUUGUAUAUUAAGAAAGUCUUAGUGCAACUGAACCACACGUUGAUAAGUAAAAGUGAACAAUACAACGAUGUAGCCCUAAAAGCCCUUUUUAGGCUGAACAACAAUAAUUACGUGCUAAAGUCGUUGCAGCGGAGCACCUUGAUGGAACUUUAUCGCAUAUCGGAGCCAAAAUGCGACGAAUACUAUUACAACUCCAUUCAGGAGAAUAAGAAAGCUUACUCGCAAUGUUGGAAUAAGCUGCUGAACUAUAUAGAGUGCGACGACCCGUUUUUGCACAGCGAUAAGUUGAAGGACAAAGAGAGGACGGCCCUGAAGGAAAAGUUCGCCGGAUUUAAUAAGGAAAUCGAUGAGAUUUCGAAGGUGCAACGGGGGUAUUCGAUACCGGAUAUUGAGCUAAGGGAGAGCAUCAAAAGGGACAAUAAGGAGCUGGUUAUACCGAAGUAUAAUGCCUUUUUUAAUAGGUAUGGUAUACUAAACUUCACCAAGAACCCCGAGAAGUACAUUAAACAUAAGCCGGACGAGGUGUCGGCGAUUAUAGACAGAUUCUUUGAUGUUGCCGCCUAAUUAAUUGUAAAAUAUGUUCUAGGAAAUAAAGAAUUUGAAAACUGUGA